AUGUUCGAACGGGAUUCAUGGAGUGGCCCACUAGAGAUUCAUGCGGCGGACGAUGAUAAAAUCCACAACAUGCUGCAGCAACGCGGACUUGACAAGGCCGCGCUGUUGCGGCCACUGGACGAGACUGAAAGGAGCUGGCUCCUCAGUCCCGAACACAAGAGUAAAAUGAAUAAGAAGAUGAAAAACAUGGAUCUUGGCUGCAUCAUCAUAAGUCGCAAAAUAUUUCUCUGGAUGAUUGCCACCAUUGCCAUCUCUGCCUUCACUGCCGGCUUUGCCACUCUCAUAGCCAAGACCGUCCCCCGCCACCACCAUAACAACUACACUCUCGCCCUCCACAAGGCGCUCUUGUUUUUCAAUGCUCAACGCUCUGAAAAACUCCCAAAGCAUAACAAUGUAUCGUGGAGGGGUGACUCGUGUGUUGAAGACGGAAAGGGACCCGGUGUAUCUGGCACCAUAAAGAAUCUGGUGGGUGGGUACUAAGGCGGAGAUGCCACAAAGUUGCACUUCCCUCAAUCAUUUGCCAUGACCAUGCUCUCAUGGAGCGUCAUUGAAUACAGCGCCAAAUACGAAGCUGCUGAGGAGCUUUCCCAUGUCAAGGACAUCAUCAAAUGGGGCACUGACUACCUUCUCAAGACCUUCAACAAUACAGCUGACACCAUCGACACUCUUGUUUCACAAUUAGGUUGGAUCUGCGGGGAAAAUAGUAAUAAUACUCCGAAUGAGCAACACUGUUGGAUGGGUCCGAAGGACAUCGAUUAUCCGCGAGCUGUGACGGAAUGCCAUCAAGGGUGCUCGGAUCUUGCAGCAGAGAUGGCUGCGGCCUUAGCGGCGGCCUCCAUUGUGUUCAAGGACGACAAAAGCUAUGCGGAGAAACUCGUUCAUGGGGCCAUAACAUUGUUCAAGUUUUCGAGGGAUGGGAGAGGGAGAUACAGUGCAGCUGGUUCGAAGGCUGAGAGGCUGUACAACUAGACAAGUUAUUGGGAUGAGUUUAUUUGGGGAGGGGCAUGGAUGUACUAUGCAACCGGCAACUCGUCGUACCUGAAGUUUGCCACUACACCAGGCAUUGCCAAACAUGCCGGUGCAUUUCGUGGAAGCCCCAACUAUGGUGUUCUCAGCUGGGAUAACAAGUUUCCUACUGCCCAGGUUCUUUUGAGUCAUUUGAGAUUGUUCCUGAGUCCUGGAUAUCCAUAUGCGGAAGUGUUACGUUCAUUUCACAAUCAGACCAACAUAAUUAUGUGCUCCUAGUCCUACCUACCAAUUUUUACAAGCUUUAACAGAACAAGAGGUAAAUAAUAAAAUGCAUACAUCCAUGAUCCAUCCACUACAUAAUCUUCCAAUUAAUUAGUAUUAGAGAAAAUUCCACUCUCCUCUCCUGCUAGCUAAAAUAACACUCUUCUCUCCUCUAUUU